AUGCACGAUUGUGCAUUCCCCGACUGCCGGGUUGGGUGGGGGGGAAUAAUCUGCGCUCUAAAUCUUGAAACGGGAGGAAAGGCGACCGUCACAGCUGUCCUUCGGUCGAACUAUGAACAUGUCAAGGUCCAUGGUUUCCUUAUUAAUUCUAUAGUCAUGGAGAUGCGGAAGGAUUCCGACCAUCUGUUCAUAUGUAUUCCCCAUACCAUAGCUGAGAUUAUACGGCCUAUGGUGACGCCGGAUUACUCAAUGAUUAUUCUCCACCUAAAUGGGCUAAACAUUGAAAAGUCAGCUAUUGCGACCUUUCCCGAGGAUAUAGCUCUCUCCGGUGUCAGCUUCUGUGGCUCUCAUGAAAUUGCCAUGGGAAAGAUCCUUCGCGAAGAUGAUGACGAGCUUUAUGUUGGAGCCUUCCGAAAUCCGAUGAAGAACCACAAAGAAAGCUUUUUGUACAACGCCUGUCUCAAUUCCAUUUGCGUAGUGACGGACUUAGACACGGGUUGGAUCCAACUCGCCGUUGGUGCCAUUGAGAAUCUCGUUAGGCCAGCGAGGGAGGAAAUUCAGGAGCUGCAAAGGCCUGCGGAUACGAUCUACCAGCCGAGUUAGUAGACUUCAUGAUCACGACGGAUCCUAUCACCAUCUAUAACACCCCUAGUAUGCAAGUGGAUCUACGAAAGGGACAAUACUGAGAAUAUAAGAACAUUAUCAGGGAGCCAGUAAAGGAAAGAACAGCCAAG